AUCUGCAAGCUAGGGCGCCGACGACGAUGCUGAUGAGCAAGCUCGGUGGACUGGCUAUGGAGGUGGCGCUCGCCGCGCCGCUCGUGCUCUUCCUCCCGGCCUACUACGUUUACAAGCUCACCACCUCCCUCCUCAGCUCUGUCUUCCCCGAGGACGUCUCCGGCAAGGUCGUCCUCAUCACCGGCGCCUCCUCCGGGAUAGGCGAGCACCUGGCUUAUGAGUAUGCGAAGAGAGGGGCCUACCUCGCGCUGGUGGCGAGAAGGGAGGCGAGCCUAGGGGAGGUCGCCGACAACGCAUCGGCGCUCGGAGCGCCGGGCGUCCUCGUCUUGCCGGCAGAUGUCUCCAAGCCUGAUGACUGCCAAAAGUUCGUCAACGACACAGUUGCCUACUUUGGAAGAUUGGACCACCUGGUGAACAACGCGUCGAUUUGGCAGGUCUGCAGGUUCGAAGAGGUGGAGGACGUAAACAACUUCAGAACACUGAUGGACAUCAACUUCUGGGGCCAUGUGUACCCAACUCGCCAUGCCAUUCCUCACUUGAAGAGGACCCAUGGCCGGAUCGUCGGUGUCACCUCCAACUCCUCCUACAUAUUCAUUGGAAGGAACAGCUUCUACAAUGCUAGCAAAGCAGCAGUGCUGAAUUUCUACGACACGCUCCGAAUGGAGCUUGGCGGGGAUGUCCACAUAACAGAGAUUAUCCCCGGGGUGGUCGAAUCAGAGAUCACAAAGGGGAAAAUGCUCACCAAGGAGGGAAAGAUGAAAGUUGACCAAGACCAAAGAGAUGCAGUCCUCGGGCCAACACCAGCGGAACCGGUAGCCCUUUUCGCCAAGAGAGUGGUGAGGGAUGUGUGCCGGGGAGCAAGGUACGUGUUCGAGCCGAGGUGGUACCUGGCAGUGUACAUGUUCAGGGUCUUCUUCCCGGAUAUCCUGGCCUGGAACUCCCGGCUCCUGACCGUGGAUUCUGUUGGCCCUGCGACGACCGACACACUGGGCAAAACGAUCCUCGACAUGCCAGGUGUGCGCUGGUUCACCCAGCCGGCGUCACUGCAGACACCAGAGACACCAGAGAUCAGGGCCGGGUGA